UCUCCAUGGUUCUCAGGCAGGGACAGCCUCCUGUGUUUUCCUCCAGAGGUUAAACUGCACGGUGUGCUUCUCCCGUACGUCUGGCUAUGGAUUUGCCACUGCAAGGCAUUAGUGCUUGUGCCUGAGGAGAAUUUAAAAUCUGCUAUUCUUCUCACAAUUGUCACUGAUCAUAGCAGAGGACGAUGGGGUGCUGCUCCGGACGAUGCAUGAUGAUCCUGCUUUGCUGUGUGCAAUUGAUAACAGCAGUGGAGAGGCAGGUGUUCGACUUCCUGGGCUACCAGUGGGCUCCCAUCAUGGUCAACUUCUUCCACAUCAUCAUGGUCAUCCUGGGCCUGUUCGGGGCCGUCCAGUAUCAAUCACGUUACGUUGUUACGUACCUGCUGUGGAUGUUUGUGUGGAUUGGCUGGAAUGUCUUUGUGAGCUGUGUCUACCUGGAUUUGGGAGGCCUUUCAAAGGACAGCCACAUCCUCUCCCUGGGAGUGUCCUCACAUUCCUCUUGGUGGAAGCACAACGGACCGGGAUGUUACAGCCAGAGCCUUCCCUCUGACCGGUGGCAGGAUAACCAGAACCCCAAGCUGACCACAGUGCUGAGCUGCUGGGUCAAAUACCAGUACAUAGAGGUUCUGCACUGCAGCAUGCAGCUCCUUGUAUCACUCCUGGGAGUAGUUUAUUCCUGCUAUGUUGUCAGCAUAUUUUCAGAGGAAGAGAGCUAUUACAAAUGACUCCAAAGAAUACCUGUUUAAAGGUGCUGAGAAGGGUCCUGGCAGAGGAGGACCUUUAAGACCCAUUCAUCACCAUCAUCAUCUUGGAUUUGAUUCUGAAACUUAUGCUAAACCCAUUUAGGGCACACUGAUCAAGAAGGGGACUUGCCAAUGUGUGAAUGACAUAAUCUCCCAGUUUAAGCAUCACUCUGGGCCCUAAUCUACAUGUGUCUUGUCUGUAAAAGACUGUUUAUUAUACAUUUAGGAUAAACUAGAUGAGAGAAAGCUUAAUUUUUUUUCCAAUGUUGACUGUAAUGUACAUUUGGUAGCACUACGUGAUGCAUUGACACGUUCAUUGUAGAUGGAUCCUCACAGCAAAUAUUAAAUCAAUUCCUGGGUAAAAGAAACUCCGAUGAAUGACUUCUCUAAAAACACUGAGGUGCAGAAAAAGAAGGUUGAUCUAAGCGAGCCAACUUUAAACUGGACAUUUAGACAUUUCAUUUUUGUAGUACAAGACCUGCAUCAACAACAUAUGAUUAUCAGUAAACAAAUAAAAUUAAAUUAAACUUAAAUUCCCUUUAUUUUCAUGUAGCCAGGUUGUAGAGAAUGAGGUAUAAAAAUGAUUAUACGAAUGAGUGAAAGUUGUAUUGUUUGACUGGUCCAAAAAUGUUCUGGUCAAUUUGUCAUGCACCAGCAGAAUAAUGUAAACUGUAUAAUGUUUUUGCAUUAUAAGUAACCUGUACUCAAAAUGUGGGUUAGAAUUAAUUGAAGGGUUUGUCUUAAUUGUGUUGUUCCAUUUUGGAUCAGUUCACCAAAUGAACUCAUGUGAAAAAUUAAAUUCAAUGUGUCAUA